AUGAAGUUCACCCUGGGCCUGGGGUCGCGGGCGUGGAGAGUGUCCUGGGAGCCGGCGGCAGCGGCGGCAGCAGGCCGUAGGGAGGGCGGCGACGCGCUCCGCGGCGGAGCACAGCGCGUCUCCAGCCCGCGGUCCGGCCGCCGCGGCUCUCGGCUCUCGCGCGCCCUCCCUCUAUGCCUCUCCGGCGGCAGCGGCGCCCGAGCUCUCCAGGACUGCGCCGGGCCCAGCCCCGGCCGCCCCAGCGCCAGGCAGCUGGUUGGCCCGCGCGCUAUGGAGCAGACCUACGGCGAGGUGAACCAGCUGGGCGGCGUGUUUGUCAACGGCCGCCCCCUGCCCAACGCCAUCCGCCUGCGAAUUGUGGAACUGGCACAACUGGGCAUCCGACCCUGUGACAUCAGCCGGCAGCUUCGUGUGUCCCACGGCUGCGUGAGCAAGAUCCUGGCACGUUACAACGAGACGGGCUCCAUCCUGCCCGGGGCCAUCGGAGGCAGCAAACCGCGCGUCACCACCCCUAACGUGGUCAAGCACAUCCGGGACUACAAGCAAGGAGACCCUGGCAUCUUUGCCUGGGAGAUCCGCGACCGGCUGCUGGCCGACGGCGUCUGCGACAAGUACAACGUGCCCUCGGUGAGCUCCAUCAGUCGCAUCCUGCGCAACAAGAUCGGCAGCUUGACGCAGUCCGGACCUUACGAGGCAAGUAAACAGCCGCCGUCGCAGCCUGCGCUUCCCUACAACCACAUCUACCAGUACCCUUACCCCAGCCCGGUGUCGCCCACGGGCGCCAAGAUGGGCAGCCACCCCGGGGUCCCGGGCACAGCGGGCCACGUCAGUAUCCCACGUUCAUGGCCCUCGGCACACUCGGUCAGCAACAUCCUGGGCAUCCGGACGUUUAUGGAGCAAACAGGGGCUCUGGCCGGGAGCGAAGGCGCCGCCUACUCCCCCAAGAUGGAAGACUGGCCCGGCGUGAACCGCACGGCCUUCCCCGCCACCGCAGCAGUGAACGGGCUGGAGAAACCUGCCUUGGAGGCGGACAUUAAAUACACUCAGUCGGCCUCCGGCCUCUCCGCGGUGGGCAGCUUCCUCCCGGCCUGCGCUUACCCGGCCUCCAACCAGCACAGCGUGUAUGGAGCGCCUGGCGGCGGCUACCUCGCCCCAGGCCCACCGUGGCCGCCUGCACAGGGACCUCCGCUGGCGCCCCACGGGGCCGGCGUCGCGGUGCACGGAGGGGAGCUCGCGGCAGCCAUGGCCUUCAAGCAUCCCAGCCGAGAAGCAGCCGAUCGGAAGCCUCCCAGCCCCGGCGGCAAGGCCCCGGACGCUCUUGGUAGCUUGCACGGAUUGUCCAUCCCGGCAUCGACUUCCUAG